ACGUUUAGUUUUGUUUUGACAUCGAAUUUGUCAUGUUGGUUUAACCUUUUUGUGGAUUUUUUUAAUAUGUCUGGGAAUAAAAGUGAUAAGUCUACUCAAAAACAUGAAUCUGAAAAAGUUUCAAUUUCGAGCAGCCGAUGGCCUCGAGUGUCUCAACUAAUUGGUCAAAUAAAUCUUAUGACAACAGCUAUGGAGAGUGUUCUAGUAGAAGCAUUACAGGAACUUUAUAUUUUGCGGACGUUAAAUACUCGAAAUAAUAUAGCUUUCGAUGAAAAUCUUUUGAGGUAUAAAGAUGUCGUGGAAAGGUUUACUGGUACUGAAGAUCACGCGGAGAAAAGACUUCCUGCCAGAGGAAUAAACCAUGAUAAAAUUGCCAUAGACAUUAACAAACUAAUAAACGUUUUUCGAGAAACAGCGAAAAAACUAAGCUACAAUGAGGAGUUCCCAGUUUUAACAGGUUUUCUUAGCGCUAUCGAUAAUAUGACAAAAGAUGACGAAAUGUUGUUUGAGUCUCAAAAAACAAAAAGUUUAGAAAUCAAGCUUUUAAAACAACAGUACGACAUUGAAAAAAAUAAAGGAUUAAAUAAUAUUGAGAAAACUUUUGAUAACAUUCAAUAUUUAAAGUUUUCUAUAGAAAAUGCCAUAGCAUAUGGAAGAUACGAAGUAAACUAUUUUAAAAAAUGGGAGGCCACAAGAGAAGAACAAAAUAAACUCGCUUGUUUAGAGAAAGAAAAUGUUUAUAGAGAUCGUAUCGAAAACACUAAGAAAGAAAUAGAACUUGAAAGAAAAUGCCAUCACAAAUUUAAGGGUUAUAUAGAAGAAAGCAGACGUGAUAUGUUGGAUGAAAUUAACUACUUGGUAAAGCACUAUGACGAAGAAAUCGAGAGAAGAGAGAUAGAAAUAAUUGAUAUGCAAAGAAAACUCGAAAAACUUUGUGUGCUGCAUACAGAAGUUUUGUGUGAAUUUGAGAAACGACAAAAAGAAAUGGUAGAAUGGAAGCAGUAUAAGAAAGAAAGGGAGAUACGGCGGAAACGUGCCAAGUUGGUGAAAUGGGCUUCAGUUGUUAUACAGG